AUGGGCGUACAAAGCAUCAGGAUCAAGACAGAUUCACAAAUAGUGUCAAGACAAAUCCAAGGAGAAUAUCAGGCGAAGGAUGCACAGUUAGCCAAAUACUUGGUGAAGGCUCAGAAUUUGAUGAAGCAGGUGGCGAAAGUGCAGAUCAACCAUGUUCCAAGAGAAGAGAACACGAGGGAUGACAUCUUGUCAAAGUUAGCAAGUACCAAGAAACCAGGGAACAACAAGUCAGUGAUUCAGGAAGUUUUAAACAGUCCCAGCAUUGAAAAUGAGGAAGUUAUGGCAAUUCCGAUGGUGAUAGAUCAAGACGGGAUGGAUCGAAUCAAGCUACGUUUAGAGGCGGAAGGGGCUGAUUUGCUUUUAUUUACUAAGGAUCAGAUUCGAGAGGCAAGCCACUACACCCUGUUGGGCGAUCAAUUGUACAGAAGGGGAGUAGGAGUUCCACUGUUGAGGUGCGUUUCCAAAGAAGAGGCUGACAGAAUUAUGUUUGAAGUGCAUGAAGGAGUGUGUGCAAGUCACGUAGGUGGAAGAUCUUUAGCAGCAAAAGUCUUAAGAGCAGGGUUUUACUGGCCAACACUGAGGUCAGAUUGUAUGGAAUAUGCAAAAAAGUGUGUAAAGUGUCAGAUGUACGCAGAUUUGCAUAGGGAACCGCCGGAGACGUUGAGUUCAAUGAGUUCAUCAUGGCCAUUUGCAAUGUGGGGCGUGGAUAUCUUGGGACCUUUUACUCCAGCAGAAAUGGAUAUUGAAAUGCGUUUCGCUUUGGUGGAGCAUCCACAAUCAAAUGGGCAGGUAGAGUCCGCAAAUAAAGUGAUUUUGAAUGGAGUAAAAAAGCGUUUGGGCGAAGCAAAAGGAUUAUGGGCAGAUGAAUUGAUUACUGUUAUUUGGGCAUACAAUACGACUCUACAAUCCACAACGGGCGAGACACCUUUCAAGUUAACUUAUGGGGUUGAUGCUAUGAUUCCAGUGGAAGUUCAAGAUGUAACAUUCAGGGUGGCAACUUAUAAUGAGGAACAUAACGAUAUGAAUAGACUUGUUGAUUUGAAUUUGGCUGAUGAGACUCAGGCAGAGGUUCGUUUGAGACAAGCAGUGGUAAAGCAAAUGUCAGAAAGGCGAUACAAUACAAGGGUGGUUCCAAGACAGAUGGAAGCAGGUGAUUUGGUGCUGAGAAGAAAGACAAGAGGACCAUACGAUUCAAAGUUGUCACCAAAUUGGGAAGGACCUUACAAAAUUCGAAGGGAGUUGGGACAAGGGGCGUACCAUUUGGAAGAAUUGUCUGGGCGAAGGAUACCGAGGGCUUGGAACGUACAUCAUCUCCGCUACUAUUACAGUUGA